AUGAUGACGUGCCGUCUGCUGUGCGCCCUGUUGGUGCUUGCCCUGUGCUGCUGCCCGUCCGUGUGCGUGACAGCGACUGGUGAAGAACAAGAUAGUGUCAGUGGUUCACCGACUGCUCAGUCACAGGGAGCAGGUGUUUCAGGGCAAGCAAAUACUUCCACGGGGCCAUGUUCAACUGGUCCGGACGUUGCGUUACCGGGACCCGAAAAUCAGGACGGUACGGGAGAAGCAUCAGACACGAGGAUUGUUACCGGAAGAGGUACUGAUGGAGUGACCGGUACGACAGGGUUUACGGGGAACAGUGCGAAACAGCCACAUGGUACGUCCAGUUCGCAAGGGGCAGGAGAUGCGGCGAACCGUGAUGGACAGGAACAUAUUAAGGAGUCCAGUACGUCAGGGUCAGCAGAACCGACCAAAAAGGUACAGGAACAGGCACCAAGUGGAGCGACUGGUGGGACAGAGCCCUCAAGUCAGCCCAGUAAUGGACAGACACAAAGUGGAAACCCCACAUCACAAGGAUCAAGUGCGGGAACCGAUGUGCAAGAAACUCCAGGUACCGAAGGUCCAGAGACUAUUCCAAAAGAGGUACCAAGUGGGUCCGAUGGGUCAGGGUCGUCAGGUGGGUCCGCUAACCCAGCUGCAGCAUCAAGUUCCGUGACCGGUACGGUAUCGGCACAAAGUCAGAAGGAAAAUGCUCCAACUACGACAACCACGACGACGACCACUGCGCCAGAGGCAUCACGUACCACGACAACCACUCGCGCACCGUCACUUCUUCGCGAAAGCGACGGCAGCCUCAGCAGCUCUGCGUGGGUGUGUGCCCCGCUGCUGCUCGCAGCAUCCGCGCUGGCGUACACCACUCUGGGCUGA